GCAUUGCCGUGCCGUAAACAAAUAGCUUCUUCUCAACGGCUCCUGACGGGAGCGCUCUUUCCUGGGCUUGCAUGCAUGCCUUUCCUCAAGCCAUGCCGCCUCAUGUUUUCUUCCGGCUUCCGCUGCCCUCCAGGCCUCAUGGCUCAAAUCCGAGACAUGAUAUCGGAGGCGCAGCUCACCGCGCCGGACACUGCUCCCGCAGCUCGUCCUCAGCUGCCGCCCAGGGCCCGGACCUCCUCUGAAGGCGGCGGCGCCGGGGCCGGCGUCCCAGGCAGCACCGGCGCCAUGGGCCCCGGUGCAGCCGGCCGAGCCCGCAGCACCGGCAGCGGCACCGCCGCACGCAACCCCUCCGCCUCGCAAGCCCCGCUGCCCCCAUCCGGUCGCUCUACCGCACCCGGCUCUGCCGGCGGCGCCAACGCUGGUUUUGGUGCUACCGCUGGCCGGUCGAUGAGUGGCGGCGCCGCCUCGUGUUCCUCCCUGCAGCGACGCUCGCUGACGCUGAGCCCCUCCAGCAGCUACGCGGGCGGGCUGGACCUGGAUUUGGAUCUGGAGCUGCAGGUUCUGAAUGCGGACCGGGAGGUGCUGCACGACCAGCUGGUGGCGGCGGAGGCGGCCAACGACCGGCUUACGGCAGAGGUGACCGACCUGCGGCGGCAGCUCAGCACCUACGAGCAGCUCACGCGGCAGGCGGCGGGCGAGCUGGUAGAGAUCCGCCGCCUCAAGGAGGCCUUCCAGGCGCGACUGCAGCGGGAGAACGACACCCUGCGAGCGCAGCUGGCGCAACUGGGGGUGCAGCCCAUCGCGCCCGCCACGCAUGCCAACGCAGCGGCCGCAGCAGCAGGGGCCGGAGCGGGCGGGCCGUCGGCUGCAUCGUCGCCACAGCCGCCGCAGCAGCGGCAGCACCCGCAAUUGCAGCACUCGCACUUGUCGAAUGGCGGAGAGCGAGGUGGUGGGGGGCUGCAGAGCCCGGGGGCCGGUGCAGGGAGUGGAGAGGGAGCGCUGAGGCGGCCGCAGUCCUUCGGUGGAACCGGGAGCCAGCUGGUGUCGGCUUUUGAGGCCGCGGCGGCAGCUGCUGUCAAUGGGCGAAUGGCGCCGCCGCAGUCGCCGCUGCGGUACGGCGUUCAGAGCAUGGCGCCGUUUGGCUCCCCUGCGUCGGUGGCGCCUCCUCCUGUCAGGCAGGCACCCAGCGGCAGCACCGGGGGACUCUGGCAGGCCGGCGGCACGCCGACUCGUGCCUCAUCCAGCUUUGCCGCCGCCGCUGCAGCCGUACGUCAGCCGUCGAGAGCCUUAGGGAGCCCUGCUGCUGCGCCGCCGCCGUUAGCGGUGUCCUUAGUGGCAGCGGCGAGGGAUGGGGGCGUAUCGGCGGGCUUACCGUGCGAUGACAGGUCGUUGUUGUCACCGGUUCGGGCGACGCCUUCCGACACGCCAUUGAUGUCUUUAGGGGCAGCAUCCGGCCGGCCUCAGCAAAUGGAGGAGGUCGUGAAAAGCCUUCUGAAGGAUGACAGCAGCCCGUAAUGGGAGUAGGAGGCGUGGUGGCGUGAGUUGGAGCGGCAGUUGGGCCCACUGCUCGGACGAACUGGCGGCGUCCAGGAACCAGGAAGUGCGCUGCAACCUGGCCAAGCAGAGCAGCAGCGUAUCGCUCAGCACCAGCAUUACCAAUUACCUUUUUCGUAGCGAGAUAGCGGUAGCAGGAGCAGAGCAACAGCGGCGACCAGGUGACAUUAGCAGCAACCUAGAACGACACGGAAGGCCAUCGUAACUCAGCUGAGUUCUGUUUCAGCACACCCGCUGUCGAUCAGUUGUGCUGUACAGCUCUUAGGGUCGCAUGAAUAGAGGUGAUGACGCCGUAGCGGCUGGGUAGCGGUAGAGGGCAGUCGUGGUGAUGAUGCACCAGAAUUAUUGAUUCGACGGAGGUAGCAGUAGCGUUUGCGAUCAGGGUGCGUUACAAGUUGCCUCAAUUACUUCUAGGGCUGGAUUUCCGCCAGGUUUUGCGCUUGCACGUCACAUGGUGCAACUCCAACGGGUUAGCGCGCGAACAGGGAUUAUGCUUCUAGUAAUUACCUAACUGUUAUUUACCAUUGGCGCGCGUUGUAGGGCAGCUGCGGGGAGUCCAAAAGCAAGGCAUCUGUCCCUUAAUUCGCGAUCUAGUCCGAACUCCGAAGUAUGAUGCGUAUGAUGCGCAUGUUAUUAUCCUAGCCGUGCCUUGUGAAGCUGUGCUACGACUCCGCGUGUCAGCUCCAUGGCAGAUAGCAAACCGUGAUAGCUGUUAGGGGCUUAGGAGGAAGGCCGGCGCAUGUGAUCCUGCCCGGGCUUAGCAACACUGAGGAAGGUAGCACUUAACGGGGGGUAGUCCUGAGUACUUUUCAAACCAGUUAAACAUUUGCUGUGCACACUUAGGUACUUGCUGAAUGGAUACAGCAGUCGUGGAGGGGCGUGUCACGUAGGGGAGUUUGGACCUUGCAGAAGGUAUAGAAUGGAACUAUGCAGCUUGCCACGCAAUGUCUGUACCGUGGUGUUUAUUAGCCAUUCAUGAGGGGCCCUGGGGUUCCAUAAACCCGGUCUACGCGAAGUGCCUGGAACCUGAUGAUUUAAGUGGAGAGCAGCUUGGCAAGUAGAGCCAGUGACGGCGUAUCUGUACAGGAAUGAGAUGACUUCUGGAGCUGCGCACGGGAGGGCUAUAACGAAGGCGUGUGAUCACAGCGCUAGAGAGAGUGUAGGUUGGAGCGCAACGGUGAACCCUUGUAUGGUGUGGUUGUGUUUUGACAUCAUCUUUGUUUAGGCGCCCUUUUGCAGAACCGGGUGGAUGUGCGUGUUUGGGUGGCGAUAUUUUGACGUGUGCACAAAGGCCUGCUCCGCGCCUUUUCCAAGGGGCAAGCAAUACGGGCGUCCAUGCAAAGGCAGGGGUAGCAGCAGUGGCGGGUGCAGAGGCAGGAAGCUCAGUCAGGGUCCCUAUCAUGCAUUCUGGGUUGACUGAAUGCCGUUUGCAGGAGCGUUUCCGUCAACUUGACGGAGGUACGGGCUACAUGUGUGUCGUACAAUGGUAGCGGUCGAGGCGUCAGACGAGGCAAUUGGGGCUGGGCUGCAGUGCAGCUGAGGGGUGUGUCGGGUGUUGGUCGCAGGUGGCUUAGCUGCGACCCUAACGAAGGUACGGGAUGGG